UUUGUAGCGCGUUUUUGGAACACUUGUCCCUCAGCGGACACCGUCGGACACCUGAAACAACAAACAUUGCUGUUCCAAUCUUGUGUUUUCAGAUAAACAUGCGUUUCAUAAACCGUGUGUUUGCGUAGUUUGAUUAUGUCGUAAACCUCCGAGAUGUCUGUUUUGCGCAGAGCGAAAACGUGGGAAAUAUCUGAAUCUGAGGAGGAAACCGACGCCGAGACAAAGCCCGAUUUAAACCGUGAUGAGAGCAGUCAGAUAGCAGCAAAAGUCCGCACAGACUUGAACGCGUCGAGUCCAGAACACACGUGCCAAACCUCGUCAUCUACGAAAAGCGAGUCGAGUCAAACUUGUGCUUUGCCUCCUCCGCGGCCGGACGGGUCCGGCACGCCGAGUCCUGCGAGAAGACGCCGCACCAAGGAGGAGAUAGAGGCGGACAGAGAGAAAGCCAGGCAGAGGAAGGAGGAGAGAGAGAGGCAGAGAGCAGCCAGAGCCCGGGAGAAGGAGGAGAAGAGACGGGGGCAGCAGAGGAGGAGAGAGGCUGCGGAGAAGCUCAAGAGCCUCAGGCCGGAGAACUGCCUCAAGUGUCUGACCGUCUGCAUCGACCCAGCUCUUCUGCAGCAGGAUGGCUCAGACAUCUUGCUGGCCACUCUGGCUACCUUUGAGUGGAGGUUCAGCAUUGAGAACCAGCAGCUUCCUCACAGCAUCACCUGGACCAGAGAUUUACCUCAGCAGGGAGAAGAUGGCAUGGGCUCAUUGGAGGAGGAGCAAGUGGUGCUGGUGCUGGGUCUGACUGACUUCAUGGACAUGGUGAUCUCUGUGAAGAAAAUGCUAGACAGCGAAGGGGAGGAGACGGGGGUGGGGUCUUUUCUCUGUCCUCUUUUGGAGUGUCUCAACCGUGAUGCCAAGAAAGCUGUCACUCUCUUAGUGACAGACUCUCAGCCAGAUUACAGGACAAAUGCUUGUGGUGUGCAAUCCAAAUUGGGAAUGGAGAAUCUGGACACUGAGGAGGUUCUUGUUUACCUACAGCUUUGCAAGAAUAUCUCCCUGGUCUUCCUGGAUGGCUGGCAGGAGGUCACUAACCACGUGUGUGCUGUCACCAAGGCCUUAUCAAAACGCCCUUUCAAACUCCUGACAGAGCAGGCAGAGCUGCCCUUCUGUGUGGACGGUUCGUGGGCCAGCGGGGUUCGGGUAGAGAGGGAUGGCUCGGGCCUGUUCCAGGUCUGGAGCAAACAGAUCCAACAGCUGAACAGAGUUAGCCCUGCUGUGGCCUCCACUGUGACUGCAGCCUACCCGUCUCCUCAGCUGCUGCUGCAGGCGUACCAGAGCUUGGGAUCAGAGGAGGAGAGGAAGGGGCUGCUGGCUGGUCUCAUAGUGAAAAGCGGGGGUAAAGAGAGGCGCAUAGGACCGGAGAUGUCAACCAGAGUUUACCGCUGCUUCACAGCCCAGAACCCCCAGCUGGUCCUGGACUAAUUUGUCCACUUGAGAAUGGGAUGGAUGAAUAUCAGCAAGGAUUAAUCUGGCUUUUAAUGACACUUUGUAACCACUUGGCUGCUAAUAUGUAAAUGUUACUGUUUACAAGAUAAGAAAUCAUGUUCACCUUCGAGGAAAGCAUUAUUUAUACUCAUCUGAACCUCUGCAGAUUCGAGGAAAAGAAUAUGUUAAUGGUAUAUAUUUUGUAAAAUAAGGAAAUGUACGAUGUGAAUUAUUUUAAUAGAAUAUUCUGAUCUAUUAUGUAUAAAUGCAAGCUGUGCUGUUAGAGGGACCUCCAUAAACUGUGAUAUUAUUUGUAUAUGUAUGAACUAGUGUAUAAAAAUGAGCUGCAACAGAACUUUUCUUUUCUAUUUUAUUUUAUGGAUUUGCCUGAGUAAGAAAGUUCAUAAAGAAAGCAUAAGUGUCCAAAGAAAAAACCUAGAUGAGUAGCAAAUCAUCUUGUAAGCAAGAAUACAACCACUGUGGAUAUUCAAGCCAAAUGCUGAUUAAAAAAACCCAUUUACAAAAAGUCAUGUCAACAGUAUCAAAAAGCAACUCCUUUCCCCCUGGAGUCUAUCCCCGAGAAUGACAGGCGUGCACUUUUGC